CAACGCACACUACAUCAUCUGCCAGAAAACCAACGAAGAAGGGCUCCACCACUGGAGGCAGAUCUGCAGCAUACGCCGGAGAAGAAGACGAAGGCGACGACGACGAAGAAGAAGAAGGAUGUCGAGAAUGCUAAACGGAAAAUAGAGGAGACGGCGGAUCGAGCAGUAAACGAGACUACAACGCUGUUACCUCCGCAUAUUACUGUCCACAAUAGCUGCGUUACAUUGGCUAAAGCAUGACAGAGCCUCAAUCAGCGCUGUUACUCAGGAGACAGCUCGCAGAGCUGAAUAAAAACCCAGUAGAGGGAUUCUCAGCAGGCCUGAUUGAGGAUAAUGAUCUGUACAGAUGGGAAGUACUAAUCAUCGGCCCGCCAGACACGCUUUAUGAAGGUGGUGUGUUUAAAGCUCAUCUGACAUUUCCCAAAGACUACCCUCUCAGGCCACCUAAAAUGAAAUUUAUCACAGAUAUUUGGCAUCCUAAUGUUGACAAGAAUGGCGAUGUAUGUAUUUCUAUUUUACACGAACCCGGGGAAGACAAGUAUGGCUAUGAAAAACCUGAAGAGCGUUGGCUUCCCAUCCAUACAGUUGAAACUAUCAUGAUUAGCGUUAUCUCCAUGCUGGCAGACCCAAAUGGUGACUCGCCGGCCAAUGUGGAUGCAGCGAAAGAGUGGCGGGAGGACAGGCAUGGAGCCUUUAAAAGAAAAGUUGCACGCUGUGUACGGAAAAGCCAAGAGACUGCAUUUGAGUGAUAUUUAGCAAGAAUCUAGAGUCAUAUUUUCAGGGUCUCCAAUUGAAAGUCAACACGGCACUGUUUCCUGCACUCUUCCACCAUAUUGCCAGCCUCGUCCUCCUCUUAUUUUGGCGGGAUGACUACGACUGGCUCCUCUCAGCUGCAAUAGAACAUUAUACCGUGACCACCACAGCUGACAGAUCACCACCGAGCAAGUGCCAAGUGAAAAAAAUGGAAAAAAAAAACAAACAAAAAAACAUUUUUGCAAGUCUAUGAACUGCUUCAACAUUCAGGAAGAUAUUGUAAAGACAUGUACAUAGCACAGACUGAACCCGAUAAUAUACAGUUCCGGUCAGAGGUUUACAUACACUCAUUAUGGAAGUGAAUGUCACAUACAUUACGGGACCUUAUUGAUGGAUUUGAACCAGGUUUUUUUCUAGGGUGGAACUAUUAUACAACAAAUUUCGUCAAAGUCUUUUUUUUAAACAACAGGUUUUAUUGAAAUAAUACUUUGUUAAAUUAAAUGUCCCUUAGCAAGUUUCACCUCAACCAGACGCUUUUGGCUGAAUAUUUGACCACUCUUGGGGUCUUUUUCCACCAAGUGUUGACAAUCUGCAGUGCAGAAUUUGCCCCGAAAGACUUGUAGUUCCUUGAACUCACCAUCAGUGCCAAAGAGACACUACCUGCUGCAGUCGAUCAGUCAUCACUAAGGAGAAAUGUGUAUAUAUAUAUAAAAGCACCAUUUUAUUCUAAAGUAUUUCGGUGACUAUAUGUAUAGUCCCGUGAUCACGGUUGACUGCGGCUGGCCGUGUCUCUUGGACAAACGUGAGAAAAGCCAAAAUAUAUUCCCAAUCUUGCACCCAGUUACUGUUUUUAUCGUUCCAUCUUGGAAAAUUCAUCUUAGCAAUUCAUAUAAAUCAUUAAGCCUCCCCCAUGGUGAGUGUACAUGCAAACUCCUGAACUGUAUAAGCUCUGUCUCCAUACAUCACAAACCUAGAGUAAAUGAAUAGCGCUAGAUCACAUUUAUUUUUCUUCAUUUUCCUCAACUUUCCUCCAAGGGUUGUUUCAGCCGGAGGGCCGUGAACGUAGCAUUGCAAUGCUGCUGCCAAGCGCUUGAUUGACUCAAGCACGAUGCGAAUGACUGCAUCCCUCCACGUCUGGCAACCUCUUCAAACAUCCGACAUGUUCCACACUUCAGUAAUUACUGACUUUAUUUUAGCAAUUCAAAAGUCUUAGUUUCCCAUUCUAGUAUCUUAAGCAAAACAACCUGACCAUUCUUGUUUGUGCAUGCUCCUUUUUUGUUUUUGCAAAAGUGCCUCCAAGAUAGAAUGCUUCAACCUGCGUUGGUUUGCCAUGAAAAGAAAUGCUGUAUCGGCAUUGUUUUGAAUUGGUCAGAUUGCCAGCUCACUUGCCAUUUCAUAGUGUUGCUCCCAAUUUAAUGUAGCAAUAAACACCUAUUAGAAUAUAAAAUACAAUUUGAGGUCCUCCAAAAUUCUGCUCUCUCAGUAACUCCUCUUUUUUUGUCAGUGUUGUCCAAAGUAAAACUUGUUAUGCAUGCCUAUCUUGCUUUUUUUUUUUUUAUUUAAUUUUAUUUUCUGGAUGUUUUGGGGAUUUUGUUUGUGAAUGUUUGUAUGUAUGCCCAUUUUGUCGUGCUGUUCCUUCCUCUGAUCUACCAUCUCAUUAUUAUUCUGCUUAAUGUACAAAGACAAAUUACUGAUGUACGUUUUUCAUCUUAUGAAAUCUGUCACCUGUAGUAAGUUCUUCUAAAAGAUGUUCUUUUUCCAAUA